AUGAGAAAGAAAUUCACUUUACAGUUUUCGCAUCCUACUAUUGAACAGGCUUAUUAAAAAGAUAGGUUAUUGAAAUAUUUGUGGGUGAAGAAAAUACUGGCAAUAUUAAUCCUGUUGUUUUCGAUAGUAGGGUUGAUUAGUUCCUUUUUUUAUGAAAAAUAAGAGAUUAUGUAUUGGGAGGUCGGUUUCACAAGUUACAGCAUAAUUUUGGUAAUUAUCUCUUUCAAGGGAUCUCCAGAAAAAGUGAAGGCUAUUUUUCAAUUCACAAACAUAUUCUUGUGUAUUCUGUAGAUACGAGCUAAUUAUUACUCAACUCCUCAGUGCAUUUACUUGAGUGGAUAAAAUAUUAUGAUUUUCAAUAUGAUAAUGUUCUAUUUUUCAAGUAUCUAGGAAGCACCUAUUUAAUUAAUUUUCUUUAUCGUUUCAAGAUGUGUGAUAACUGGAUUAGUAAAUGAGAUGUUUAUGGGACAAGAUAUGAUAUCAAUAAUAUUGACAACUCUUAGUAUACUAAUUUUUAUAUAUCAUAAUGAUUAAAUUCAAAGAGAGCAUUUCUUAUUGCAAUUCUCGGAUAAACAAUGGGGUAUUAAUAUUAUUUAAUUACAGAACAAACUUUGCCAAUAAUUAUUUAAAGUCCGUUUGUCAUGUUUACAUUUGAUGAAGAAAGAUUGAACUUUAAUUUAAAAAUUGCCAAUGAUAUGUCUGGAAUAUGUUGGGAUAAUGAAAAGGCACCUUCUGAAAAUUUGCGAUACUUUCUGAGAUCCUUCAAAAUGGGAAACGACAAUUUGGAAUAAUAUCUCGUAACACGAAGUAGGACUUGUAGCGAUUACAAAAAGAUUUAUCAAUUCCAAUUAAGAAUUCAAAGAAAUGAAUAAAUCUAUGGAACAAAGAAAUUCGUUAUUAGAUUUUCAGAUUUCUAUUUGAGAGAACAAGUGUUCUUGAUCGUCUUUGAUCAACAUGAGCAACAGAUAAGAGUUUUGGAGAGAGUCAAGACCGCUUUAAUCUAGGGUAUCAAUCAACACUAAAAUUUAACAAUCAAUUUCUUGUAGAAACAAUAGUAAUUACUCUAAAAUUUGAUUGUAUCAAGCAAUUCAAUCAGCACAAUUUAUAAAAUGAAGAUUCAUUGCAUGUAUUUCAUAGGAAAAUAUACUCAAUGUAAUAGCUUUUAGGAAAUCGAACAAUAAAUAAUAUAAAUUAAUCUUACUGAUAUGAUCAAAGGAUUGAUACAUAUCUAUUGUAUGGCGUAUAAAACCAUAUAAAUUGAGUUUUCAAGUAGCACUUUUGAAGAUGUAUACGUUUUUAGUAAUGAACAACUAUUGAAUAUAUUUUUAGUCAUCAUAUUCUAGACACUUGUUCGGAUAUGUUAAAAUGGUAAAACGGUGUUCAUCCACAUUAAUGAAGCAAAUAAAUCAUAAGAUUUUGAAUUGGUUAAGAUCAGUGUGUUGUUUAAUAAGUCAGAGGAACUCAAACAAAAAUUAGUUUAUAACUAAUUAUUCUACAAAUUACAAGUAAGAUUAAGUCCGAAAGUGGAUAUUGUAUCUCAUGAUAAUUGUAAUCAUCUAUUAAUAUUGACUAGCCUGUCAAUUUGAAAUUUAUAAGGAUUUAAAUUUGUUGAAUGCAAUCCGAAUGUUGGAGGAGGAUAUUUCAUGA